UUUCUUGAGAACGGUUUAAACAAACCCUGAAAGUCUGAAACACACCACAAUCGUCUGAGCUCUCAUCGCAUUUUCUAAAAAUCUCCUCCACUUCGUCUUCUGUCUCGAGGGAAAAAAAACAGGAGAGGAUGGCAGCAGAUUCGCACAGCAACAGAGUGGCGGUUAUGGCCACAAACGACGACGCUUCUGCUAGUAAAUUGUCCUGUGUUAAGAAGGGGUACAUGAGAGAUGAUUACGUCAACUUAUUUGUGAGACGACCUGUAAGGCGAUCCCCUAUCAUCAAUCGUGGUUACUUUGCUCGGUGGGCUGCGUUUCGGAAGCUUCUUUUUCAGUUUCUCCAGAGUGAAGCCAAUACUGAUGAAAACAGCUGCACAAAGAAGCAGAUAUUGUCACUUGGAGCUGGCUUCGAUACAACAUAUUUCCAGUUACAGGAUGAAGGGAAGGCCCCACAUUUAUAUGUAGAGCUGGAUUUUAAGGAGGUGACUAGUAAAAAAGCAGCACUCAUUGAAACCUGCAGCCAGUUGAGGGACAAAGUUGGUGCAACCGCAUCUAUUUCACGAGAGAGAGGAGAAGUGCUUGAUGAUCAUUACAAGCUCCUCCCAGUUGAUUUGCGUGACAUACAGAGAUUAGACGAUGUUAUUACUUUGGCUAAUAUGGAUCCUAGCCUGCCAACAUUUAUCAUUGCAGAAUGCGUUUUGAUAUACUUGGAUCCUGAUUCAAGCCGUGCAAUAGUUGGUUGGGCUUCAAAAACAUUUUCUACUGCAAUAUUUUUCCUCUAUGAGCAGAUUCAUCCCGAUGACGCUUUUGGACAGCAAAUGAUCAGAAAUUUGGAGAGUCGAGGUUGUGGACUCUUAGGUAUAUAUGCUACACCUACCUUACAUGCAAAGGAAAAACUUUUCCUUGAUCAGGGAUGGCAGAAAGCUGUUGCCUGGGACAUGCUCAGAAUUUAUAGCGACUUUAUUGAAGCUCAAGAAAGACGCAGGAUUGAACGGCUGGAAUUGUUCGAUGAAUUUGAAGAGUGGCACAUGAUGCAGGAGCACUACUGCGUGGCUUAUGCAGUCAACGAUGUGAUGGGCUGGUUUGGAAAUUUUGGGUUCCCUACUAACCAGCAGGACAUGCUGAGCACUCCUACAGCAGCAUCUCCAUGAGCACACAAGGCUAAACCAGUGCAUCGCGUUGCCGUAUUUGGUUGAACAAUUGCUAGUAGCUGAGGAAGACGUGACUAACAGGUGCCAUUACAUGUUAUGGUUUGUCAGGUGAAAAGGUGUUUCUAAAGCUAGUAGUGAUAUGGAGUUUUUAGCUAAAAGUCCUCAUAGGCAUUGAUGACAUGUGGAUGCAUUGCCAACUGCAUUUUUUUGUUUGUUAGUGGGAAAAAUCAUCUACUUAUUAUUAUUAUUAUUAUAACGGUGGUGCUUGUUGUCGUUGUUCUUAUAUUUGUGAGAUGCCAUUGCUAGCUGUUUGGCAAAGAAACUUGUGGGAUCCACAUCACACCCAAAUUGCGUCAAUUCCAUCAGCUGGUGGGGUCUGGCUCAUGAGGGAAGCUAUACACAUUGUUUUGUUGCUCUUUUAAAAUAGCUCCUUGAUUAUUAUUAUUUC